CUCACCCCAUCCUCCAAGAGGGAGGAGGCAGGUGGUGAUGCCGCUGCUCCCGCCGCCUCGACCGCUGAUGCUCUAGUGAGGCUGGAAGGGUGGUUCCUGUUCGCACCAUCGCCAACCAGAGAGCGAGGGAACAAAAUCCCAGCAGCAGCUGCCGAUGUUGGGUUCGGAGGCUGCAUCCGACUCGGUCACAAGGAAAAUGGAUUCAGUUUGCAGCUUUCCCUCCUUUCAGCAGCUUCUCCGGGUCUCAGCAUGGGCUUCCAGGGCAGCGGCUGAGGAGAGCUUACCAAGGAGCACCACGCAGUAGAUGCUGAGAUAUCGCACCCACGAUAAGAAGCAGUAACAUGGCAGCACCUGUUUGAAAGGCAUUCAAAAACAAGACUCCCUUUAGAAAGGAACAAUGUCCAAGAAAGGGCGAAAUAAGGGCGAGAAGCCCGAAGCGCUCAUCGUCGCCCUUCAAGCUGCCAAUGAAGACCUCAGGACCAAGCUCACAGACAUCCAGAUAGAGCUGCAUCAAGAGAAGUCCAAGGUGUCUAAGCUUGAAAGAGAGAAGACUCAAGAAGCAAAGAGGAUUCGUGAGCUGGAGCAGCGCAAGCACACGGUCCUGGUGACAGAACUCAAAGCCAAGCUCCAUGAGGAGAAGAUGAAGGAGCUGCAGGCCGUGAGGGAGAAUCUCAUCAAACAGCAUGAGCAAGAAAUGUCAAGGACGGUGAAGCUGCGGGAUGGAGAGAUCCAGAGGCUCAAGUCGGCUCUGUGUGCUCUCCGGGACGGCAGCAGUGACAAAGUAAGGACAGCGCUCACCAUUGAGGCCCGGGAGGAGGCCCGGAAACUGUUUGAUGCAGAGCGCCUUAAGCUCUUACAGGAAAUUGCGGACCUGAAAACUGCCAAGAAGCAGGUGGACGAGGCUCUCAGCAAUAUGAUCCAAGCGGAUAAAAUCAAGGCUGGGGACCUUAGGAGUGAGCAUCAAUCCCACCAGGAAGCCAUCUCGAAGAUCAAGUGGGAGUCAGAACGGGAUAUUCGGAGGCUGAUGGAUGAGAUUAAAGCCAAGGACAGGAUCAUCUUCUCCCUGGAAAAGGAACUGGAGACCCAAACUGGCUACGUCCAGAAACUGCAGCUGCAGAAAGAGGCGUUGGACGAACAGCUCUUUCUGGUCAAGGAGGCUGAGUGUAACAUGAGCAGUCCGAAACGAGAGAUUCCAGGAAGAGCGGGAGACGGCUCCGAGCACUGCGGCAGUCCUGAUUUGAGAAGAAAUCAGAAGAGAAUAGCGGAAUUGAAUGCCACUAUAAGAAAAUUAGAAGACAGGAACACCCUGCUUGGAGAUGAACGAAACGAACUGUUAAAACGGGUGCGGGAAACUGAGAAACAAUGUAAACCUCUUCUGGAAAGGAACAAGUGCCUCACCAAGAGGAACGAUGAGCUGAUGGUGUCUUUGCAGCGCAUGGAAGAGAAGCUAAAAGCCGUUACCAAGGAAAAUUCAGAAAUGAGAGAAAAAAUAACAUCCCAUCCACCCUUAAAGAAAUUAAAAUCUCUGAAUGACCUCGAUCAAGCUAAUGAAGAACAAGAGACAGAGUUUUUAAAACUUCAAGUCAUUGAGCAGCAGAACAUUAUUGAUGAGCUCACAAGGGACCGAGAAAAGCUCAUCCGUAGGAGAAAACACAGAAGAAGUUCCAAGCCAAUUAAGAGGCCUGUUUUGGACCCAUUUAUUGGCUAUGAUGAGGACUCCAUGGAUUCAGAGACAUCAUCCAUGGCCUCAUUUAGAACAGACCGAACACCAGCUACUCCUGAUGAUGACUUGGACGAAAGUUUAGCAGCUGAAGAAUCUGAGCUACGAUUUCGACAAUUAACAAAAGAAUAUCAGGCCCUCCAAAGAGCAUAUGCCCUCCUGCAGGAGCAGACUGGAGGUAUCAUCGAUGCUGAAAGGGAAGCCAAGGCUCAAGAACAGCUCCAAGCAGAGGUGCUAAGGUAUAAAGCCAAAAUUGAAGAUCUGGAAGCGACCCUGGCUCAGAAAGGGCAGGACUCACACUGGGUAGAAGAUAAACAACUUUUCAUUAAGAGAAACCAGGAGCUUUUAGAAAAGAUAGAAAAACAGGAGGCAGAAAAUCACCGGUUACAACAAGAACUACAGGAUGCCCGAGACCAGAAUGAGCUGCUGGAGUUUCGAAACCUAGAGCUAGAAGAAAGAGAGAGACGAUCCCCUCCAUUUAAUCUACAAAUUCACCCAUUCUCUGAUGGUGUGAGUGCUCUACAGAUCUACUGUAUGAAAGAAGGUGUCAAGGAUGUGAACAUCCCUGAUCUCAUAAAGCAGCUUGAUAUCCUGGGUGAUAAUGGGAACUUAAGAAAUGAAGAACAAGUGGCCAUAAUUCAGGCCAGCACUGUGCUGUCCCUGGCAGAAAAGUGGAUCCAGCAAAUUGAAGGAGCUGAGGCUGCCCUACACCAGAAAAUGAUGGAACUGGAAAGUGACAUGGAACAAUUCUGCAAAAUAAAAGGCUAUCUAGAGGAAGAACUAGACUACCGAAAACAAGCUCUCGACCAAGCAUAUAUGAGAAUCCAGGAACUAGAAGCUACUUUGUACAAUGCUCUGCAGCAAGAAACUGUUAUCAAGUUUGGUGAAUUGUUAAGUGAAAAACAGCAAGAGGAGCUGAGGACAGCAGUAGAAAAGUUACGGCGGCAGAUGCUGAGGAAGAGCAGAGAGUAUGACUGUCAGAUUCUUCAGGAGAGAAUGGAGCUCUUACAGCAAGCCCAUCAGAGAAUUCGUGACUUAGAAGAUAAAACAGACAUCCAGAAACGACAGAUAAAGGAUUUAGAAGAAAAGAGUAACCGAAAACACGGAUAAGACCCCAGAAAGGCAAAUGCUUCUAGACCUUCAGAGAUGGCAGAAAUGUUUACAACAGUGAGAGGGAGAUCACAAACUAAGAACUACCCUGUAGCCAGGACUACAACUGUGCAUUUUAAAGCCAUUAUUCAAGGUUUCUUACUUGACAGUUCCCACAUGACCCUGUUGAAAAUCUACAAUAUAUGCUGCAUUUAAUGAAACAUGUAUAUGUCAAGCCAGAAGAAAAGAACUAUAGACGUAUAUUGUGUAAAGAAAAAGUUCAGCAGUGGAAACAGUUUCAGCAGAUCGAGGAAAGAGGUGUCUUGGGCAUGGAACCAAAGUUACAAAGAGACAUUCUCCCCCUGCUGUGCAGGGGGAUCAUUUUAAAGUAACACCACACCCCGUGGAAACAGGAGUCCUGAAAUAAACAUUUCCAAAAAUCAAAACAAACGGGAA